AUGGGUAUCCGCUUGACUGCGACUGUCUCUUCGGCUCUGCAACGACGCCGGCGCAAUCAUCGCAGUGAGAUUUUCAACAUUAUUGAGGCUGUUAUGGAGCAGCAGAGGAGUAAUCUAACAAAUACGGCUGACUACUCUAUCUGGAAGAGUUCUUCUGAUACAUACAAGUCUGUCUUUACUACAAAAAAUACAUGGAAUCUACUCCAUCAGGAAGGAACCACAGUUGAAUGGUGCAAAGGUCUCUUCAAACAUCAUACCCCAAAGUUCGCAUUCUUCACAUGGCUUGCUCUACACAACCGGCUCUCAACAGGAGACCGUAUGCUUCAGUGGAAUGCAGGAGUUAGCUCGGCAUGUAUCUUCUGUAACCAGUUUGAAACUAGGGAUCAUAUAUUUUUCUCUUGCACUUACUCGGCUGCUGUCUGGUCUCAGCUGAUGAGAGGUUUGCUGCGUACUCGAUACACAACAAUAUGGACAGAAGUGUUGGAGCUCACGCUUGACAACAGUCUUGGUAUGAUCACCACCUUUCUUACACGAUAUGUGUUUCAGAUCACCAUACAUAUUCUAUGGCGUGAGAGAAACGAUAGACGGCACGGGGCAACUCCGAUCUCAGUUCAAGCAUUAGUAAAGAUGCUAGACAGGCAAAUCAGGAACAAAUGUUUAUCUUUCAGGCAGCUGGGGGACUUUACUUAUGCUGCAAGCUUAAGCGAUUGGUUUGCCACACGUUAA